AUGUCCCACUGGGAUCUUGCUGCGAGUUGCCGUCAGCCUUGGCACAAGCGUGUGAGCGUGAUUGGCCCGGAGCCGCCUUCGGCACGGACCCACUUGAAUCCGGCCAGCGACUUCGUGGGAACGGUGCCGCAGUCUCUCAGAGGCAUGCCUGGCAAUUUUGGCGGUCAGCAACAGCCUCAACUACCAGGACGAUCGGUAUCGAGCCGGCUGCCAAACGGGAAGCUAGCAAACAACGGAUCUGGCUGGGCAUUCGGUGGAAAUAUACCGAUGGGAGGUGCUGGAUUCCAAAAUCAAGCCCGGCAAAUGGGAGGAAAUGUGAGUUUUGCGCAGAGCUUGAGCGGGUCGCAACCUGCCACUCCGUUGGACUUAAACGAGUUCCCGUCGCUGUCGAACAACUCACAGCUCAACAACGCCAACCCUGCAUCGAUGUGGUCGUCGGGAGCAUCCCGAAACUUGAGUGGGCCUAUUCAACGAAAUCAAUCGACUCCCGUCUCAUCUCAGCAAGGAGGCCAGGAUGAUUUGUUCGCAUCAGGCUCAUCGCGUUUGCCUUUACACCAAACCUCCUUUCGAUUUGGUAACCAAGGGAAUAUGGCGACAGCCUCCCAAGGACAGCCAAGUAGCGUUGAUGAUUUUCCUCCGUUAAAUAGAGCUGGAAAUGGGGAGAUUGGGUCGGAUCGAAGUGGAAAUCUGAUGUCAUUGGCGUUCGGAUCGCAACAAGGAGCGUCAGGAGCGCAGAGGGGUAAUGGCCUUCUAAAUGCUUUGUCCGCCAAUAGUCGGGCAAACGAUGUGCGGUCGCCUCCCGGAGUUGCAUUAAACCGCGGCCAAGACCCGAAGCGGCUGGGAGCCGACGACGAUAGCAGACAGAAACCCAUUUCCAGGGAAGACGGCUUAGGCAAAUCUACUGUUGAUGACACGAAUCAAAACCCCCUAGGAGCAAUCGGAAACGAGGACUCGAUUGCAAAGUUACGAGAUGUGAAGGAGAACAAGGCCCCGGACGCGGUAGAUCCUCUUGGCGGAAUGAGUGCCGUAGACAAAUGGGGAAUCAAAGGACUGCGGACAUUAAUGAACAACUACCCGGAUUACCAGGCAAUGGUAGUUGGCAUGGAUCCCAUCACAAUUGGACUUGAUAUCAACUCGCAAGAGAUGAUUUCGACACAAGUUUACUCGCUCUUUGAUGAUGCCCCCCCUCGGCCGACAGUUAAUGGUAGCAAGUUCCGACUUCCAGAGUGCUACAAUGUGACGAACGUCCAGCCAAUUGAAAGCAAGAUUCAGAAUUUCAACGAAGAAACUCUGUUUUGGAUAUUCUACAGCUGUCCCGCAGAUGUCAAACAGCAGAUGGCAGCGGUAGAAUUGCAUUCUCGAAACUGGAGAUGGCACAAGAAACAUCAGAUAUGGCUCACCAAAGAUGAACACAUGACCCCACAGAUCCUGAGCCCAAACCACGAGCGGGGAUUCUAUAUUGUGUGGGAUACAGACAACUGGCGAAAGGACAGGCGAGAGCUCACUCUGUUCUACGGCGACUUGGAUACUACAUUGAACCAACCGCCUGCAAUAUCUUAA